GACCAUCCACAGCCUCUUGGUAUAAUAGACCGCGGACCAGCCAAAUUCGUCAUAUCCUCUGACAUACUCACCCUUGACUCUGCAAACUCCUCGUCAUGCACAGUGAAACUAAACCAUUGCUAUCUAUCACAUCCGCGCACCUGCUGUCUGGACUUUUCGCCUUUAUCUACGUUGGAUCCAUUUAUACAUCCAAGAAUACUCGUCUUCGCUUCUCCAAGAGGAAGGUAAACCUUCCUGAAGGACAAGCUAGGCUUAAAUUGCAAAAUGAGCGAUGGAGAGAUGAUCCGGAUGUUAUCAAGGCGCGACUACUUGCCGUUACCAGCGCCACUUUGAUUUGCUGUUUCAUCAUAUUCGUCGUGAUGAAGGGUUUCAACCGCGAUGAUGAAAUUCAUAACCUUACCGCAAAUGCGUGGCUUUACCUUGGGUUCACAUGGUCGAACGCACUUCCGCUCCUGAUAACUCCGUUGUUAUUUUCUGGGCCACUCUAUGUCCGAUUCCUCGAGAAGGCUCUACCAUUCCAAAAGGACUGGGAUUUUGAACAAGAUGUCGUAUUUCGAUUUCUCUCAAUUGUCGGUCUUCGAAACUAUUUUGUUGCUCCGAUCACUGAAGAAAUCGUGUUUCGCGGUUGUGUUCUCACUGUCUAUCACUUGGCAGACGCCUCCAGGAUGAAAAUGAUUUUUCUCAGUCCUUUGGUCUUUGGCGCAGCGCACAUCCAUCACGCUUUUGAAACAUACCACAGAUAUGGCCGUACGGCCAUUGCGGCAAAACGUGCAAUUAUAUCUACCAUUAUCCAAUUCGCGUACACCAGCAUAUUCGGAUUUUACUGCUGCUAUUUGUUUCUUCGUUCCGGAUCAUUGCUCCCACCCAUUGCAGCUCAUAUGUUCUGCAACAUUAUGGGUGUACCUCAACCAAGCUAUGAAAUAGGUUUGAUGCCUAAUCGAAAGCUAUCCAUUUCAGCCGCGUAUCUUUUCGGUAUCAUCGGCUUCGUGGGCAUGCUCAAGCCAUGGUCAUAUACGGAUAGCAGCUUAUACUGGCAGCGGAGCUAGUUUCUUCGAGCCUCCGACCCAUGUGCAUUGUGUUCAACAGUGAUUGCGCGCCUUUCUUCACCUGCGCGAACCUUAACCUACCUGCACCCCACUGGAUUGAACAUAUGUUCUGCGGCUCUUGGUUGGAUUUUUCUGUAUCUAUAUUAAUAAUCACCACCAGCUGUUUAUUCCGUAUACC